AUGUGGCUAGAGGAUCAAACCGCACAGCUCACGAAGCCAGGGUCGCAUCUACCAGGAGAUCAUCACAGUGUUAUGCCCUAUAAACACUCAAUGUUUGGAGCUUUCCCAUACAGUUUUCCAACAUAUGAUCCUCUAGGCUCUGGUUCAAGUGAUCUACAUCAUCAUGUUCGUGAAGCUCCAACUCAUAGCUCAGAGAUAUUUCAUGGCUCAGGAUCGAGUUCGGUUCAAGAAUUUUCAACAUCUGAACCAUCGGCAGAAGACAUGGAAAGUCUCACGGAAGAUCAACAUCAAUCCAUCAUCGACCUCCAAUCUGUUGAAAGUCAUCACAUUCAAACGCCAAGUGUUCCAGGAGAUACUGGAGUAUCAAAAGAAUAUAAUGGUGGAGAAGAAAAAUCUGACCCAAUUCGGGAGAAAAAUGUGGAUGUAAUUCCUCCCAAAGUUCAUAAAGCUCAUAAUGCGGUUCGUGACGGUGUUUCUUUGUUAACAAGAUCUGGAAAGCAUCAAAUUUGGGGGAGUCUCCCUUUUCGAAAAGAAAUCGAAAUAUGGUUUAAACCCUUGAAAGCUAAAUUGAUACAAAGAGUUUUGAAAGAGAAUAAAUUGAAUGGUUUGAAAUCUAGAGAUAUACAAAGAGUACUUGUUCGAGCCAAAAAUAAAUUAACACCUACUUUUUUUGGAGCCUUGAUCGCAAAUUAUCAUUAUAUAGGAGACGAACGUAAUCAGAAACUUUUAAGAGAGGGGUGGGAAUACUUGCAGAGCUAUAUGACGAAUUGGGAACAUGCAGAUUUUGAUAUCGUCCAUGAAUGCAAACACGCAGGUAGAGUAGAUAAUCGUGUCUGGGAAUGGACCUCAGACGAAGUUCUAGGAUAUCUCAUGUGGAUGGAUGGAAGGAAUGGCUUAUCAUCUAAGGUCUUAAAAAAGUUAAUUUCUGACUGGCAAUUCAAACAAUUGAAUAAAUUAUGA